ACUUGUUAUUUCUACUGAUCCUGUCCGUCGUAUCCUCAACUUGCCCGAUCGUAGAAAAUUCCCGUUGAAAUUUCUCGGAGGAAUUGGGCGCAUAGUCUGGACUUCAAGGGCCUGGAUCGAGACAACCCCGAAGUUUCCCUUUAUCACACCGGAAGUUUGCCAGGUGGCUGUAAAUCGACUCAUUUAUUAUAAAACUUGCCUCCGUAUGGAUAUGAACAGAAAAUGGAGCAGGGUUUGGAUGCACUGGCGAAUGAGCCUCUGGACGAGAGUCUAGGCUCGAAUUUCAAGGUUAACAAGGACAAUGUGAUAAUUUCAUUGGCUCAAUCGCAUAGAUCCGCAAGGUCAUCUCACGUAAUAUACACCCAGCCACUGGAAAGCGACAAGAUCGAGUACUACGAGGAAUGGAUGCAAAAGUGCGUUGCCUGGGUAGCAAAAAGUUGCGGAAUAAAGAAGAUGGACUGCUAUUCCUUGGAGAAGAUAAGCAAUUUUGUCAUUAAUGAGAUCAAAGCCAUCGGUAGAAAGGCGUCUUACCUCAGCAAGGUGAGAGGUUGUGAGUGUAGCAAUUUUAUCGACAUCAUGAACGCACUGGAAAUCGUAAAUCCAGACGUAUACAAACACAUUUUUACUGAUCGGCUCAUAUCUAAGAGCAAACAAUUGCCAAAACAAGUUACAGUAUUUGCUCACAAUACCCUCAUACAACCAGCGGUGUUGGCACAGCCAUCUGGACUCUAUUUCGAAUGCAUGGUUAAUGCAAGCGAACAUUUAUCCGAACUAAAUGAAGAAGGAGGACAAACUUACAGUAAUAGUGGAAAACAAAAAACUGUAAGAGACGGAGAAUCUAUCGAUUUGGAGUACUUUUUGACAUAUAGUAAUCGAAAUACCUACUCACUCAAAUCAGACGAAUGCUACCAACAAAUCGCAUCCUCUAGACCAAAAUAUCUACACAAACACAUGCCAUUGCUUCCGGCAGAAUUCAUUUUUGGACAAGAAUCACAAGAAGCGUCAUAUACCGCUGAAACAACAAAGACCUCUGAUAAACUCACCAAACAAAAUCUUAUGCUACAGGCAGAAUUACCACUCUUGCACAGAGUCCAAAUACAACCUGAGUUACAAGCUUUGAGAUCAGAUAAAGCGUGAAUGUUUCGCUAUUU